UCAAUAACUAUGUACAAUUUGCAAUUGUUCAUAAUCAAACAAAAUCCUAUGGACUAAAACGCAGUUAAAACAAUGAAUUUACAUUCUGAAAUUACAAAUUGAUUACACCUGGUCAUAUCUCAUAUGGGCCCAAACGCAGGUAAAUGCAAGUCAAUAUGGCAGUCAAACAAUAGGUAAACGCAGGUAAAGGGUGGUCAGAUUAAUAAUCAAACAAGGAAUUAUGUUUCGUUGGCCCACGGGUCAAAAACAGUAUCAAAAUGGGUUGACCGCAGGAUAAACGAAAACAAUGUUUCGUUGGGCCACCCAGAGACCGACGUUGGACCAUAGGACAAACGGAAACAAAGUUUCGUUGGGCCACCGAGAGACCGACGUUGGAUCACAGGAUAAACGCAAUCGAUGGCUCUGUUCCGUCUUACCGUUUGCGGUGGUGUUCUCCGGCUUUGCAAGGGGCGGCGAACCAGUGGCCGGCUGGCUGGGGCGACUAGGGCGGGAGGAAGAAAGAGUAUAGGAGUGGGUCGUCGUCGAGCUUCUUCUCCGGCAACAAGUGCGGUGCGGCGAACGGUAAUGUGCCUUCUCCGGCGACGCAGUGGCAGAGGUGAUGGCAGCUGUCGGGAAGGCUGUGGCGGGAGGAACAGAGACGUGGGCAGAAGAAGUGGUUGGGGGGCUUGUGAGAAACAGAGGCCGGCAGGAGAAACAGAGGCCGGCGGGGAACAAAUGGCCGGCGAGCUGGGACGACUAGAGCGGGAGGAAGAAAGAGUGCAGAGUGGCGUCGUCGUCGAUCGUUUUCUCCGGCAACAAGUGCGGUGAAGCAAACGGGAAUGGGCCUUCUCUGGCUCUUCGUCUUCUCCGACAAUGCAAACCCACUGGCGAGAUGCGUGUGUAGAGAGGCGGAGGUCGACGAGGUUGGAGCUUGGGGAGUUUCUCGAGAAUGCAGGUGAGAGAGAAGAGUGAGAGAGAAGGGUGAGAGGAAGUUUGUCGGCUUUAGCCAGUUUGUCGCCAAUGCAGCUUAUGCAGAGCCGCUGGGGUGAUGUAGGAGAGAGGAAGUUGGAUUUGUAUUUUGGAGAGUGCAGUGAGAGGGAAGAUAGAUAUGUUUGGACUUUAGUAUAUAAUUUGAAAUUGAUAAUUGGAUAAAUUAGUAAAUUAACUUAACAUAG